UUAACCACAAACUAAUUGCUUACAAUGGAGUAAGGCAAACCAUUUCACUCUAUUUUGAUUCAUUUCCCUUUUGCAAUUUCACUGUACAAGCAUUCUUGCAGGUCCAAGCUAAAAAGUACAGAUAAAGUCUCAGCACAUACAAAGAAAAUAUUUGGUAAGAUUCUGGAUGCCAGAGUGCACAUAAAGUUCUUGCCCUGGUGCAGAAAGUUAGGAAGGAGUAUUUAGAGAUAUUAACAUUUUUCUUAUGUCCUCUUUCAUUUCACAAUGUUUACUAUUAAUAAAAAGGCCUCCUAGCAAUUCAGUGAUUGUAGGAGUUUAGAGGAAUGUGAAAGUUUUUUCUUGCCUGUUAUACACCUUUUAUUUUUCUUACUCUUAACUUCUUGCCCCUUGUUUUCACUCAAACACUCCUGCUUAGAAAGCACAACAGAAUAGGCUGUACAGUUUUGGCUAGUGAACCAACUGACCAAUUUAACUUCCUCUUCUGGGAAACAAGCAAUGAUAUUGCUAAAAUACACAGGGCUAUGGCAUGUCAACACAGUCACUGAUGAGGCUAUGGAAACCUGAGAAAUACCCAUAAGAACUCUUUUCUCUGCCAGCCUUCCCUCUUGCAUAGUUGUUUUAUAGCAGUAUGGGUACAAAAUAAAACUACACUGAAGAAGAUGACUUUUUUUCCCAUCUGCUUUUACCUCACUGAAUUUCACUGAUUUGAGCAUCUGCAUCAAGUGCAAGCCCAUAGGGAUAAGUCAGUGUCUUCCUCAGGUGUGCAGCUCCAUCUCAGCUCUGAGAGCAUGCAGCUGAGCUCCAUUACUAGCCCACUGCUGCAGCCAAGUGACCCUGCUUCCUUUAACAAGCCUUCUAACAUGAGCUGUAAAGUGCACCACUCCUGCCUUGGAGGGUGAAAAAUUUGGCCCCUUUGCAGGGGAGAAGCGAAUGCCUCAGGAACUGGAUGAGAACACAGACUGCAGGCUCAUGUGGGAGGUUCGUGGCAGUAAAGGUGAAGUCCUUUAUAUCCUGGAUGCAAGCAAUCCACGCCAUUCUAACUGGCUGCGUUUUGUCCAUGAAGCUCCAUCACAGGAACAAAAGAAUCUGGCUGCAAUCCAGGAAGGAGAAAAUAUUUUCUAUCUUGCUGUGGACGAUAUUGAAACAGACACAGAACUUCUGAUUGGUUACUUGGACAGUGACAUGGAAGAAGAGGAGGAGGAUGAGGAGGAAGUAACUGUUAUUCAGGAAGAUGAAGACAGUGGCAACAAUAAAGAAGUGCAACCAGCUAGUGAAAAGAUUGCAGAUCCCCUCACUUGUAAAGAGGAUCAUGCAUGCCCAAACUGUGAGUCCAGUUUUGCAAGCCAGGAGAUUCUAGCUGAACAUCUUCAGACAUUGCACCAAAAACCCAGUGAGGAAAAGGAAUUUAAGUGCCGAAACUGUGGAAAGAAGUUCCCUGUUAAACAAGCUCUACAAAGACAUGUACUUCAGUGCACAGAGAAUAUCAACCCAGGAGACUCUUCAAGAAGUUUUCAGUGUUCUGUUUGCAAUACUUCCUUCAGCUCAGAAUCGAGUUAUGAACAGCACAAGGAGGCAUGCAGAGGGGAUGCCAGAUUCAUAUGCAAGGCAGAUAGCUGCGGGAAGAGGUUCAAGAGUAAGGAUGCCCUGAAAAAACAUAAAGAAAAUGUUCAUAGUGGAAAUUCUAGGAAAAAGCUGACGUGUUCAGUGUGCAAUAAGAAAUGUUCCUCAACAACAAAUCUCCAAGAGCAUCGAAAGGUUCAUGAGACCUUUGAGUGUCAGGAAUGUGACAAGAGAUUUAUUUCAGCUAACCAGCUAAAACGCCAUAUGAUAACUCAUUCAGAAAAACGCCCCUACACCUGCGAGGUUUGCAAUAAGUCCUUCAAACGACUUGAUCAAGUGACUGCACACAAAAUAAUACACAGUGAAGAUAAACCUUAUAAAUGCAAGCUUUGUGGAAAGGGAUUUGCCCACAGAAAUGUUUACAAGAAUCACAAGAAGACCCAUUCUGAAGAGAGACCAUUCCAGUGUGAGGAAUGCAAAGCUUUGUUCCGAACUCCAUUCUCUCUACAAAGACAUCUACUAAUUCAUAACAGUGAGAGGACCUUCAAGUGUGAUCACUGUGAUGCUACUUUCAAAAGAAAGGACACCUUAAAUGUUCAUAUUCAAGUUGUACAUGAUGGACAUAAGAAAUACAAGUGCGAUCUCUGUGACAAAGCUUUUGUGACACCUUCAGUCCUGAAAAGUCAUAAAAAAACUCACACCGGCGAAAAAGAAAAAAUUUGCCCAUAUUGUGGACAGAAAUUUGCAAGCAAUGGAACACUGAGAGUUCAUAUUCGAAGCCAUACAGGCGAGCGUCCUUACCAGUGUCCUUACUGUGACAAAGCUUUCAGCAAGAAUGAUGGACUGAAGAUGCAUAUUCGCACCCACACAAGGGAAAAGCCAUACCAAUGUUCUGAAUGUAACAAGGCUUUCAGUCAAAAACGAGGCCUAGAUGAGCACAUGAGAACCCACACCGGAGAGAAGCCGUUUCAGUGUGAUGUUUGUGAUUUGUCCUUCAGCCUGAAGAAAAUGCUGAUUCGACAUAAGCUGACUCACAACCCCAAUCGACCAAUGGCAGAAUGCCAGCUUUGCCACAAGAAGUUUACAAGAAAUGACUACCUCAAAGUGCACAUGGAAAAUGUCCAUGGUGAAACUGACAGCUAAUUAUGAUGUGUGAGAAGAAUGGAUCUCAUGUUCCAAAGUGUUCCACUUGUAUGUGUACAUACUCCAGACUUCUCACCUGACUAGUAGGCAUAGUCAGGAGAAACAACUGUGUUCGCAUGUUAUUUUUCUCACUUUUUUAUAUGGUAGCAGGACAGAAAAAAAGGCAAUCACUUGAAGGAAAAUAAGAAGUUGAAAAUAAGAAGUUGAAGAGACAAUUUAAAAGAAACAAACUAAAAAAUCCAACCAGCUCUAAAUAAAUUUUGCUUUCUCAGCUCCUGCCUUAGAAACCUAGAUAUUAGUGAUGCUGCCUGGAAAGCUUGGACAUUUCAACCCCUGGCUGUCUGCAACUAUUUCUAUAUCUAAGCUUCACGCUCCAUUACAAAUCUUGAAGUGGAAGCCAGACAGAAUUUGUCUAUGUGAUUGAUUGCUGAUUCUAUUCAGGCAUAUUUUAUUCAAUUCUUAUAAUGCCGCAUUUUAUUGUGACAUGACUUUAUCUCACUUUAUUUACAGCUUUCUUAUUACUAGAUGGAACUGAUUAACUUGAAUUGAUUCUUGAGAUGUCAGGAUGUAUGGACAUAGAAACUGUGGAAAUCUGUCAACUUAGGUUCUAGACAAUGACAGAAAUGCUUGUGGUUGCGUGUAACAUGACAGUAGUAAAAAAAAUAAAUAAACAAUUUAGUUCAACUAUUAUAUUCAUACUCAUCACUGUAACUGGCAAGGUAAGUGGAAAGACUUCCUGAGUGAGUGGCUUGAGCAGCUCCAGCUGUCUGGUUAAUAUGUAUUUGAUUUUCUGGUGAACAGCUGGUUCCCAGUCUUUCCUACUACUAAAACAGAUGCCCUUGUUUUCUUCAUCCCAUUUAACUACCUUUGUUUUGUUAAUCUUGUUAAUGAGCCAUGGGAGAAAUAAACCUAGGUAACAAAAUGAAAUUCUCCCAAAUAUCACAUUGAGUUGUUUACUGGAGUAAAACUCUGGAAAAGAAUUGCUGCAGGUCUUCUUUAUAUCAUAUCUAGAUAACUAAGAAAUUGUUAUCUACAAGAGUGGAAAAAAUGUAACUUCAGAGAGUGAUUGGAUUUGAAAAUCCUGAGAUAUCAGCAGUUAAUAUUAAGACUGUCACUGGCCAAUUUUUCGUAUUUAUUUUAGACAAUGUUUUAUAAAAUGAACUAGUGUUGAAACACCCUGGUUCUAGUUUUUAUGGGAAGAGAGUUCAGGUUUUCUGAACUGCAGUGGGAACAACUAAAUGAACAGCAUGAUUUAUUUUUUUUUAAUCUCUCUUCUCAGAUCUGUCUUUUGUGAUAGAUUUUUCAACCACCACAGCACCAGCACAGAAAUAGCAAUAGAUCUUUCCUGAGCUACAUGUGACCAGUUUGGCUUUAAUGAGUUACCUGCAAGGUUUCUGCUGGCAAUGGUGUGAUCUUUAGCUGAAUCUGCAAAUUUGAAAUUAGAACCAUGUCCCCUAGAUAUUUAAAAGGAAUAAGGCAUAGUUAGGCAAUAGGCGUAGUCUGCCAGACUGUAUUGUAAGUGUGUAAAAUAAUCCAUGGCAUUUACAUACUGAGAUAAAUUCAUAUGAAGAGGGUUCUGAAAGAGAAUUGCAUGUGAAGAACAGUUAAUAUUCUGUUGUUCCUUAACAUACCAGUUCAGUGUAGAACAAGUUGCAUAGAUGUCAUGCUGGUGUGUGAAAGUUGUAACACUACAUGUAUGUGUUAUGUAAUCUUGUGUCAUGUUAUAAUCUCUACUGUGUAAAGUUAUAAAGUCUCUGUUCUUUUUAACUUCAAUUAAAUGUAGAACGUUUUUUCCUGUGUUUUAGUCGUUUUUCAGAAUAUUAGUUCUGAAGACAAACUGCAUGGCUAAUACUUCACAAAUUAAAAUUAUUCAGUAACACUUCACUAUUUUGUUCCAUUCGACUUGUGUAUUUAAAAUGCAUAUACUUAAUUGAUUCUGAUUGUUUAGGAUUCCUGCAGACUUUAAAGAAGUGCGAUUAUAAAGAUUUAGUACUUUGCAUCUCCGAUCUGUGUGUGAAAAUAUACAAAGUCCUCUUUCUUCCCUUUUUGGUACUUGUGAGUUAUAUGAAAAUUGGAGUCUUUGAUAGUUCUAUAUAAAUGCUUUUCCAUAUAAAUCAAAUAUGUUGUACACAUCUAAGAUUAAUACAAUAGAAACAGUUAUUACCAGGCUGAUUGAAAAAUACUUCUCAACUUAUUUGAGAAUGUUAUUUUUCAGACUUGUAAGUCCAGAGAAAUUUAAUUUAUUCUUGCAGUUAUAAAAAAUCAUGUAGUUAACCUGUUCAGACAGCAGAAUCAAUAUCAAAUACUGAGAUGUCUGACAAUGUAUUUGAGGCUUUUAAUUUAACUGUUAUUAAUGAUCUGCAAAGAUGAUUAAUGUGGCUGGGAUAGGAGGACAUCACAAAGGAGACUUCUCUUUUUUUGUUUUGCCUUUUUGACGAAAAUAAAAUCAAGAAUUAAAUCACAUAAAAAUAAGCAGAUUUUUAAAAUAUUUUUCUUCCUUUACAUUUUUUCUUCCCUGUAGUCAGUGCAAACUAAAGCACAGGGAAUAGCAGAAGAAAAUAAGAAAAAAAAAAAAAAGAGUUUAAAGUUUUUCUAAACAGUUCUUAAGUGACUACACUAAAGAAACACUAAGAAGAGAAUCAAUCACCUUGCAAAAAGAAAAAAAUCUUAGCUAAUCUUAGAAUCUUAGCUAAUUACUGAAAGUCGGUGGAUGAAAAUGAUAAGUUACUCAUUUUGCUGCUGGGAAAAUUACCUUAUAUGUAUUAGUAGUAAUCAUGUGUUUACUCAAUAGCAGCAGCUAA